AUGUCAUUCUUGAACAAUCUAAAUGCAUUUCUUGAAUCAGAGGACGUUUUGGUGAAUGAACCCAAGGCCAGGUAUUACACUAGAAUUGUUCCAUCGUCACCCCCUCGAGGCGAAGAGAGUGCAUCCUUAGUCCCAAAAGAUUGGAGUCUGUUUAGGUAUAAUGGGGACCUUGGUGUUAUUGCAGUGCCUGUACCGUCAUCAUCACUUAAUCGAAGCUAUGACUUGUCCAACUGCAAUCAGGACUACUCUCAUGUUAACGAUUCUCGCUUAAGCUCAACAUUCUCAUCCGUGAUUCCUAGGUUACGGGUUGAUGUCUUGCCACGGGAGCAGAGAUGCGUAUUUCCAUUUCACGAAUUUAAUGAAAUGCAAUCAAAAUGUUUCAACACGGUGUAUGGAACAAUACGGAAUUGUGUUCUCAGUUCUCCUACUGGCUCGGGUAAAACUGUUGUGUUUGAAUUGGCGAUCUUGCGUGCCAAUGAAACUUUGUACGACUACAAAGUGCUUUAUCUAGCCCCAACGAAAGCCUUGUGCAGCGAGCGGAAGGACGACUGGUCCAAAAAAUUUGCCCCACUAGGUAUAACAGUCGGCAUGUUGACGGGUGACACGUCGUACAAAGAGGCAGAAAGUGUACGUGACUCGAACAUCAUUAUCUCAACCCCGGAAAAGUGGGAUAUGAUCACCCGAAAAUGGAACGACUACAAAAAAUUAUUCAGCUUGAUUAAAUUGCUUCUUGUGGAUGAGGUACAUGUACUUAAAGAGCCUCGUGGUGCUACUUUGGAAGUUGUAAUGACACGGAUGAAGAGAAUCUGUGUGGGGUUGAGAAUUUUGGCUAUAUCAGCAACAGUCGCGAAUGCUCAUGACAUUUCGACUUGGCUCGAUGCCGAAACAUUAGUUUUUGGUGAAGAAUAUCGAGCUGUCAAGUUACAAAAAGUUGUCUACGGCUACAAACCUAGUAACGAAAAUGAUUUCUCAUUUGACAACCAACUAAAUUCAAAGUUGAUUGAAGUUAUUGAUAAACAUUCUUUGGGCAAGCCUGUGUUGAUUUUCUGUGCUACUAGAAACAGUUGCCAGUUCACAGCAAGGUGCUUGGGGGAAAAGGUUUGCGGAAAGGGUACAAUUUUAAAGUUAAAGGAUAGAGAAUUAGCUGGUUUGGUCAAGAGUGGUGUAGGAUAUCAUCAUGCAGGGUUAACCUUUACCGACCGCAAACAAAUUGAGGCUGCUUUUUUGAGUGGUGACUUGAGAUACUUGUGCUGCACUUCGACGCUUGCCGUGGGGAUCAAUUUACCUGCGUAUUUAGUAGUUAUAAAGGGCACCAAGUGCUGGUGUGAAAGUACAUUUCAAGAGUAUUCAGAAACAGAUAUUUUGCAGAUGAUUGGGAGGGCUGGAAGACCACAAUUUGAGAAUGAAGGAGUAUCAAUUAUUAUGACAAACAAUAAGCUUAAAUCAAAAUACGAAAGGCUUAUUAUGGGGACGGAAAAGGUUGAAAGUUCGUUACACUUGAACUUUGCCGAAAAUCUUUUGGCAGAAACCGCUGUUGGUAAUAUCAGCUCAAUUGAGGAUGCACUUGGUUGGUUAAAAACGACAUACUUUUACGUUCGGUUUCUUAUUAAUCCCCUGUAUUAUGACAUUCCGAAACCAACCACUACCGAGGAGAACUUAUUGAGGUUUUGCAAGAACGAAACAAAUGCUUUGAUCAAAGAAAAUUUAAUUUGUGACUUCAAGUGCACUGCAUUUGGACUUUCGAUGACUAUGCAUUACAUCAAAUUUGAUACUAUGAAAGUUAUACUCCAUUCAGGCGAACAGCUUACGAUAUCUGAGCUAUUCAACGUUUUUGCGAGAGCAGCAGAAUUUAGUGACCUCAAGAUCAAGCACCAAGAGAAAAGAUUGUACAAAGAGCUAAACAAAUCCCCCUUAAUGCGGUAUCCGUCGGAGUCAAAAGUCAGUACCAUUAUCCAAUAUGAACUAGGCGGUUUAGAGUUUCCCAGCUACAAUGGUGCGCAAAAACUACAAUCAAGCUUCUUGGGUGACAAAUUUUAUGUUUUUAAGCACGUAUCACGUAUACUUAAAGCAAUGAUGGAUGUGUUUGUCGCAAAAAAGGAUGCAAAAUCAUUGAUAAACCUGGGAUACGCCAUGCGUUCCAUUGCGGCUAAAGGAUGGGAAGGGUCGCCUAAUGAGCUCAAGCAGCUAGACAAUAUUGGUGUCCAGAGUAUCAAGAAGUUAGUGAAUCAUAAUGUACUAACGUUGAUGGAUGUUAAAACUUUAUCACAGACGCAAAUUGAGCAGUUUUUAGGUCUCAAGGUUGGGGCUGGUGCAAAGCUAAGGAAAAGUUUGUCAGCAAUACCUAGUAUUAGUAUUGACGCACACUUGAAUGGGUCCCUAAUCCAAGUACAUAUAAGGGUUGAGCCUACCACGAAAGCAUUCAAAAACGAUGCUCUCUAUUUGCAGGUUAUAAGCUCUAGUGGUGGCAGGCUUGUUGACUUUAGAAGAACACCUUUGAAGAACUAUAAUGAUUCUGGGUUUGUUGUACCAUAUAGUAGUCUGAAGGUUGAAAUUGAGGCCAGUAUCAUGUGUGGAGUAUCUAGCAGAUUCGUUAUUGGAGAAGACAAGGGACCAAUUGUGGAUGUUGACCUUGAUUUUGAGUUCUCUUCAUCUUCCACGUCCUUGAGUGGCAUAUUUGCUGUUGAACGCGUAAAGAAUGUUGUAGCUGGCGACCAAAGCAAAGAAACUUGUGCCGCUCUGGUGAAUGGUGACACAGAGGAAGACAAUACUGGAAUAUCUCACUCACUACCCAAUCCUUGUUUCACCGUUGAUGUAGCCCCCGCUAAUACCAAUCGUACUCGCCGCAAGAAAAAAGUUAAACGAAAGAAAUCGAUCUUUGACAUUCAUUCCGAUGACUCCGAUGACACAAUUUCAAACGAUAUUGUAGAAAGGAAAAAGCCCAAGCUUGGUUUGAAUGAAGCGCCAAAAAUUACCAACCUUCUGUCGCGUGAAUAUAAACAACCCUUGUCGAGAAAAGAUAUAACACGCCAACCUGAAACAAGGGGAGAGCCAAAUGAAGGAAAAAAAGUGGAGGCUAGUGAUUUUGUAGGGCCAAUCGGGGAAGCUUGUAUAAUUGGAAAGGUCGGUACAGUCCAUCAUAUUAAAAAGAUUGAAGACGAAGAAGUGACUAGUGCAACGACAGAGCUGCUCGCAUUGGACAACCAGGUCUCGACCACUAUGAGACACGUUUUUGAUAUUCAGCAGUGUGGUGGCAGUCAGGGAAAUACUGAGGUUGAGGGCAGCGUCGUAGAGGAAUUUCAGCAGUUUUUUGGUAGUGAUAUACUUAUUGAAUAA